GAUGGGGCAGCGAACCUCAGUGAAGUGCUGGUAAAGUUUCCGACCCGAGUUGGCAGAGCCCGGCAUGUCCCGGGGGAAGAGCGCUGCGCACGGAUGCUUUUGGGCUUCUCUCCGACGACAACUCCCUCGGACCAGAUGAUUCCGUCAAGAUGACUCGGGUUCUACUCAUCCCUGCAUGCCUUUUCGCCUUGAUUCACUGUAGCAGUAGUGCUGAAUCAGAGGAGCGUUUGAUGAACCGGCUGUUGGGAGAGGAUCGCUACAAUCCACUCAUCCGCCCGGCUGUCAACAGGACGGAGAGAGUCACAGUGAAGCUGCAAGUAUCGCUAGCACAGCUCAUCAGCGUGAAUGAACGAGAGCAGAUCAUGACCACAAACGUCUGGCUCACUCAGCACUGGGUUGAUUACAGGUUGUCAUGGGACCCGGCGAAGUACGAAGGUAUCGACAAGCUGCGUAUUCCAUCGAAACACAUUUGGCUCCCGGAUAUUGUCCUUUACAACAAUGCCGAUGGAACCUACGAGGUGACGGUCUUCACCAAUGCCAUAGUCCUUUUCAACGGCAGCAUCAACUGGCUUCCCCCUGCCAUCUAUAAAAGCGCCUGUAAGAUCGAGGUCAAGCAUUUCCCGUUCGACCAGCAGAACUGCACCCUCAAGUUCCGCUCAUGGACGUACGACCACACAGAGAUUGACCUGAUCCUGAAGUCUGAAGUGGCCAGCAUGGAUGACUUUACUCCCAGUGGGGAAUGGGAUAUCUUGGCACUACCAGGCAGACGGACGGUCAACCCUCUGGAUCCCACUUAUGUGGACCUCACAUAUGACUUCAUCAUCAAGAGGAAGCCCCUUUUCUACACCAUAAACCUCAUCAUUCCAUGUAUUUUGAUAACCUCUUUGGCCAUUCUGGUCUUCUACCUGCCUUCAGACUGCGGAGAGAAGAUGACCCUCUGCAUUUCAGUCCUCCUCGCACUCACAGUGUUCCUGCUUUUAAUCUCAAAGAUUGUUCCUCCCACAUCACUGGACGUGCCCCUCAUUGGCAAAUACUUGAUGUUCACCAUGGUGCUGGUGACCUUCUCUAUUAUCACUAGUGUGUGUGUGCUCAAUGUGCACCACCGCUCUCCAAGCACCCACACCAUGCCCUCCUGGGUCAAGCUGAUAUUUCUGGUGAAACUGCCCGCCUUACUCUUCAUGAAACGCCCUCGCACCUACCCUGGACAUCAGAAACCGCGUCAGCAGCAGUGCCUACAGUCCGGAAAAUCCAUUCUGGGUCUGGAUUGCCCAGUUUCUCCCAAAACCUGUUUCACUUUGUCGUCUUCUGCCCUGCUGUCCUCUGACUCUGCCUUGUCCACUCCAGGACACAAAAAUGUGGCUCUUCCAAUGGGAUAUAGCCACGGCAGCAGGAAGGGGGACCCGCGCUCCACUGAUCACCUUCACAGUGGUUUCAAUUCCACCCAGGACCUCCAGGACCGAAGCCCCUCCGACUGGACUGCUGACGUCCAGGAGGCGGUCAGCGGGGUGCGCUUCGUGGCUGAGCACAUGAUGGGUGAUGAUGACGAUCAGAGUGUGAUAGAGGACUGGAAGUAUGUGGCCAUGGUGGUGGACCGUAUGUUCCUGUGGAUCUUCGUGAUAGUCUGCGUGGUGGGCACACUGGGCCUGUUCCUCCAGCCUGUUUUCCAGAGUCAGAUUAUCCCCAACCAGCAGCCCAGCUCAGAGACCCCUCGCAUUUGAUGAGCAUCAAGGGCGACAGAUCACCUUGAGGGCUUUCAUUAAAGUUCUUUGGAUAAACAUGGUUAUGAGGGCUAUCCAGCCCUGCAUAGAGACCAGGAAUCAUGGACACGAGGGCUUGAAAUGAAUGUUAUAAACAACAAAACAGGAGGCCAAAUAGAGUUUUUGAAAAAGGAAAUAAAAUCCAUCCAUGCAUUACCCUUUUCUACCUACUACGGGUUAUGGGAGUCUGCUGGAGUUUAUCCCAGCUCUCCUGGGGUAGAAAGCAGGGACACAUCCUGGGACAGGUUGUCAGUCCGUCACAGAGAGGACAUAAAAUUAUCUUAAUAUUCAAUAUCAUGCAAGCUUAAGUAGCCUGCAUUUUGAGGAAAGUACAUCGCUGUCUUUUUUGCAUAACUGGACUGAGUGCAGCUUUUACUGCCCUGAAUUGUGCUGAACUGUUUAUGAAAUAUAUCUUACAUUACAAAGUUAUGUGUAUCUGCUGUUAGAUGUUGAUUAGCUUUUGAUUUGUGCAACCACUUCACUGAACUAUAAUAAAGACACAUCUAUGUCCUCUUUUAGUCUGAUUAAAUGUAUGAAUUGUCUACAAGUCUUAAUUUUGUCAGUGUCUUGCCAAAGUACUUUGCUAAUCUGCCUUACUUCUGAGAAAAUCUGCCCCUCAGAGUCAGUAUCUGUAAUGAAAAUGGACUGGGUAAGGUAUUUUUUUUCAUGCAUUGUAUAAAAGACAGCAAUUUGCUGAAAAAAAAACACAAUGAAACUGCUAGCUAUGGACCUGACCAUGAUUUAAAUGUACUAAGGUCCAGUAUUUUUGGAAGUAAUCGUCCAGGUGAAACAAAAGGAAACAAAAUGUGGUUGUUUAUGGUCACUCAUUUGUACUUGAUCUUUGAUAAGGGCCAACAUUUACAGAUGGUCAACUGCAGGGCGCGGAAAUAAAUGGAGGAAAACGCGGUGCCCGGUUGCUUUCACACGCAAGGUUUAUUGCUCAAUAAACAGUACUGAUUGGGCUCGUUAGAGAUUUUGCAGACUGUUUGUUUAUUUUCUGAGAUCUUCCUUUAAAUCAUCAGAUUGCCAUCACUGUUCGCG